GAAGCUGCAGAAAGAAAGGAACGCGAGGAACAGAGAGCUCACGAACUAAAGCUAAAAGAACUGGACGUGCAGCGGGAUCUGGCCAGGCAAUCAGCAAAUAACCCCUCAAUAGAUGAAAGACGUUCAGGUGAAGUAGGAGUGAAGAUAAGGGAUCUCAUGCCAUCGUACAAGGUGAACGAUGACAUGGGUUUGUUUCUCGUUACUUUUGAACGAACCUGCGAGAGAAACGGGUUGGCACUAGAGAGUUGGCCACAACAGAUUCUGACCGUUCUUCCUGGCGAAGCAACCGAAAUAAUUGCGAGGCUAACGAAGGACGAGUCAGAGGACUAUCAGAAAGUAAAAGCUGCGCUGCUAAGAAAAUAUCGGCUCUCAGCGGAGGCUUUCCGCCGCCAUUUUCGGGAGGCAGUUAGGACACCGGGCGAGUCUUUUCAAGAUUUCAGUUAUAAGCUGAAAGCCAAUUUAAUUGAGUGGCUGAAAGGGGAAGACGCGUUCGGUUGUCACGACAAGGUUGUGGAGCUAAUCUGCAAGGAGCAGUUCUAUGGGUCCUUGAGCGAAGAGAUGCGCCUGUGGAUUCAAGAUAGGUCGGGCGAAAAGGACUUAGAACGUGCCGCAGUACUAGCAGAUGAAUUCGCCGCACGUCGCGAAUCAGAGAAAACGCGCGUCAGGCCAUUGACGAAAUUCAGCAAAGAGGAAAACAGGCGCCCUUUUCACAACGAGAAAGCUGGUAGUGGGACCAAAGACGUACCGACCGAUAAUUUAGGCCAGAAUAACAGCGCAGCGAAAGAUGAAAAGAAAACAACAAGAGCAUUGGAGGCUACAAAACCGGUCGUCUGUUUCCGUUGCCAGGAGCCUGGACACCUUGCGAUCGGCUGUCGGAAGCCUAGAAUAGUUUUUUCUUUUGUGAAUGGUGACGACGACAACUUGGCGCUCUUAGCACCCUACCUUCGCGACCUAGUAGUGAAUGGAAUAGCAUGUAAGGUACUUAGGGACUCAGCUGCGACAAUGGACAUUGUCCACCCCGCGUACGUGAAACCUGAGGAUUUCACCGGGGAAUGUGCAUGGAUCCGGCAGGUAGUUGAGGAAAAUAGUGUCUGCUUGCCCAUAGCCAACGUGAAUAUUGAGGGGCCGUUCGGACUAUUAAGGACUGAAGCCGCAGUAUCACAAAAUCUGUCCGAACAUUAUCCCUACUUGUUUUCAAAUCGCUCGGAGAUGCUGUUGAAGAAGAAGGGUCUGAGUUUUGGCGACCAUACGGUCCAAGCUCUCACGCGUUCCAAAGCUCGGGAGAUCGCGGCAAAGAUGAAACACGGCAGCGAAGCCAGAAAUAUGCCUCAUGGCAUAGACACUCAGGAAGCACAGCCCCUAGCUAGUGAAAGCAGUGAAAAAGGCGCUAGCGAGGAGGAAUAUGUCCCCGAGGAACGGCAGACUGCUACGCUGGAGCCUUAG